GGCGCAUGCGUGGCGGAGCGCGCGCUGAUCCCGCGACCGUCCUUUGUGUGAGCGCGCGGCGGAGAUCCAACGUUUUGCCAAUUGUCUUCCCAGGAAUGACUCGGCUACACAGGGAUCUAUAUGGCAGAAUUUGCUUGUCAUGUUUCCUGAUCUUCUACUGGAAUGGGUGCCAAGGCCGCGCAGACCAUGACUCUGACUGCGCAGUUGGCGAACACAACCAUGAUCUUGAAAAUGGUGACCACAUACUCCAGCCAGAUAUAAACACAGCAAAUGUGGACAGGCAUAAGGCUGUGGGGGAACAGAAGUACUACCUGCAUAAGCUUUUUGAUCAUUAUGGAAAUAAUGGCACUCUAACAGUCAAGGGGUUGGAAAAGUUGUUACAUAAUAUGGGAGUAGGUAGAACCAGAAUGCUGAAAACUAAACGUGAGCAUUUUGACUCCGAUCAUGACCAUCUGGAGCAUGAGUUACAAGCUGACGUAGAAAUUCAUCACCACUGUUGCCCUGAGCACCAACAUAUUCAAUUAAGAAGUGGCUCACAAACCACUCCCAAGGUUGCUCCAAAAAAGAAAGAACAUUAUCCAAAGCAGCAUCGUGACAAGAUCCACCAUAGUUUAAGUACCACCCAACAGUCUCUCAUCACUGCUAUGGAAAGAUCUGAAAGCAGAAAACAUGCAAGACCAGUGCGAAGUCUUCAGAGUACAAAAUCUGCUGCUGUAAAUGCAGAUUGGACUGAGAUGCCUCAAGAUCCACCUGCCACUACAGCAGAUGGUUCCAGUAGUAAUACAUACAGUCAAACACAGGCAGAUUCGGUUACUUUGAAAGAAAUGAAUGAAGAUGUACAUGGAACCAAUGGUCAUCAUAAAAGUGAUAAAGACGUGCCAGAAGAGGAGUGCCUAAAUGCAGCCCAACUACUCUUGACCCAUGGAAUGCAUCCACAGGCAACUCUUACUUCCGAACAGUUUAGCUACCUGUGCCCAGCUCUGUUGGAUCAGAUUGACAGUAAGGUUUGCAUCAUCCAUGGAAAUAAACAGAUCCAUUCGGAGAAUCCAAGACCAGAGAUUUCUGUUGCAGCAGGCAAGCAAGUUUGGAUCGGUGGCUUUGUCUCUGUCACAAUCAUCAGCUUCCUGUCUCUGAUGGGAAUAAUCCUUAUACCCUUAAUGAAUCUAUCCUUCUUCAAGUUCCUGUUGACAUUUUUGGUGGCUUUAGCCGUUGGUACCCUGAGCGGGGAUGCGUUUUUGCAUCUCCUGCCACAUUCCCAGGGUAUCGCUCACCACGACAGUCAUGUUAAAAUCGAAGAGGAUCACUUGAAUGCGGUGUGGAAAGGUCUUGCUGCUCUCGGAGGACUUUACUUUAUGUUUCUUAUUGAGCACCUUAUAACAUUAAUCAAACUGUACAAAGAUAAAAAGAAGCACAAAAAGGGUGUCCAGGAAGAUCAAGAGGUAGAUGUUGAUAAGGUGUCAGUUGAAGAAUGUCCGGUAUCUAAGGAUGAAAAGCUAAACCUAAAGCCAUUCUGUCAUCAGGAUGACUUCUCGACGAUUGAAGCUAAUGAUCAGCCAAAUCUUCAUUCUCUCGAUCACAGCCAAAACUCAUUAACUCCAGAGCAGGAGGUUAUGAUAGUACACCCUCAUGCCGAAGGCAAUUACAAUGCAUAUGUGCCAAGAGGGUGCGAGAACAAAUGCCACUCUCAUUUCCACGAUACCAUAGGCAAUGCGGAUGAUUCUCACCACCAUCACCACGACUAUCACCACAUUCUGCACCACCAUCAUCACCAGAACCAUCACCCCCAUAGCCAUGGGCACCAUUACUUCCAAGAGGACCUGAAGGAUGCGGGUAUAGCUACACUGGCGUGGAUGGUGAUUAUGGGAGACGGGCUGCAUAACUUCAGCGAUGGCUUAGCGAUUGGGGCUGCUUUUACAGGAGGAUUGUCAAGUGGAUUGAGUACAUCAGUUGCUGUCUUCUGCCAUGAAUUGCCUCAUGAACUGGGUGAUUUUGCUGUUCUGCUGAAGGCUGGUAUGACAGUAAAACAGGCUGUGAUGUACAAUGUUCUCUCUGCACUCCUGGGGUAUCUUGGCAUGAUAACAGGUACUGCCAUUGGUCAUUAUGCUGAAAAUGUCUCCACGUGGAUCUUUGCUGUUACUGCUGGCUUGUUCUUGUACGUGGCCCUGGUUGACAUGGUUCCUGAAAUGCUUCAUAAUGAUGCUGGCGACCAUGAUUGCAGUCACGGAGGAUACUUCCUCUUGCAAAAUGCUGGCAUCCUGCUGGGGUUUGGUAUCAUGUUAGUCAUCGCUAUAUUUGAACAUAAAAUUUUCUUAGACAUAAAACUGUGAUGUUCUGCCUUACCUGUGAAACCAGGAAAUGCUACAAGUAGUGAGGGGCUUCACAACUAUCCAUUAGCUGAGGACUUGUGAUUGAUAGUCGACUAGCUAUUCUUACCUUUGUCUACUUUCUACUGGUGACUAAGAUACUCCCAACAAAGAUUCAUCUCCUCCUUUGUAACAUUAAUGCAUUGCCAUAUUGUAAUGCCAUUCUUGUAUCAGCAGACUGGUGUAGGCAUGGCUGGACUAAACACAAACGAGCAACUAGUUGCAUGACAAAACGUCCUAACAAGUUGUUUUUCAGUGACUCAUAAAUAAACACUGUAUGGCUUUGUUCGCACAUUCAUUCCUUCAAGAAACUUCCUUCCUUAACUAAGAGAGAUAAUAUGGAACUGUUAUGCACCAUGUGUAAACACAGAAUUUAUGACAUGUCAAUGCAUGUAUAUUAUGCUUCAUGUAAAUCAUGUGUGAGCUCACAUAUGCAGCGGGUGUACAUAGGUGCCCUUAAAUAUGUAAUAAACCAAUAAAAAGGAUUUAAUGUUUAAAAAA